AUGUCUCGUCUCUCUCCUCGUGCACGUCCCGCCGCUGGCAGACCCCGCUAUCCUCCCUCUUCAGACCAGCCCCGUCCUCCGUCUUCCCUUCAUCCCACACAGCGACCUGUGCAAGCAGCAUACUCUCGCCCCUACGAUUCGCGUGCCUCGUAUCCCGCCUUUCUAUCUCUCUUCGACACCGUGCGCCUCCAGCUCUCCUGUGCCGUGCGCGGCUUUGCCGAUGCCUUUCGCUGGGAUGUCGUCGCUCGUCUCCUCGCAAACGAUGCUGCCAUCCGCGGCGCCCUCCUCAAGUCCCUCCUCCUGAACGUUCUCGCUCUCGCAUCGGUCGCGUUCUUCGACAUCCUCCUCGCCCCCCUCGGUGUAGACGUGCAGAAUGAACGCAGCUGGAUGCAUCGCAACGUCGGCUGGGCCUAUCAAGUUCUCUGGCUUCUGCCUGUCGUCGGCAUCUCGCUAUACCUAAAUACUACAUACUGCAGCUUCAUUGCCAAGCGUACCUUCGCACUCUCGCACGGACCACGCGCCGGCGCCGCGCCACCUGCAACCUACUCCGGCCUUCUCAACGCACUCGCGACUUCCGCCUAUGGCGGAAUCAUGGUUAUCUCCUCCAUCGCCGUCUCCUUCUCUCUGCGUUGCAUUCCCCGCAUCGGUGGCCCCGCCAGCUUCGUCUUUCUCUGCUGGGUCGACGCGUAUUAUUGUUUCGAACAUGUGUGGAUUGCCCGAGGGCUGUCACUCGCGCGGCGCGUUCGGCAUCUAGAGGAGCGCUGGGCAUACUAUUUUGCCUUUGGUCUUCCAACUGCUGCCCUCUGCACAUGGGGAAGCAGCCUUGCUAAUGCCGCGCUCUUUGCGCUCGUCUUUCCCGCCUACAUUAUCAUGGCGAUGCACGCACGGCCUGUACCCCUUGAUCCGUAUAAUCCGCUGCCCGCACCUGCACAAACUCGAUUCACCGCCGCUGGCGUGGAGGCGGAGACGGAUAUCCGCCAUCCGCAUCCCCUUGUCCCGAUCCGCCUGCCCAUCUAUGCCCCCGUGCUGUGGCUCAACGAUGGUGUCGUGCGCGUGCUCAGUAUGUUUGGAGGUAAAGACAUGGGGCGCUCGGCCAACGUGGGUGGAAGCAGUUUGGGAUCCGCGAAUGCUGGGUCGCGAAGAAGAGCAUUGAGCGACACGGCUGAGAGUAUCGAGCAAGGAGAAGCCGGGCAGUGGGGCUCCAUGACUGGCGUGGGGAUCGAGUUGACGACGAAUGUGGGGCCCGGAAUUCCUGGGAGGACGAGGGUACGCUUGGGCGGCACUGCUGAGAACGAUGUUGGCGGUUACGGCAGGCGGAAGGUCGACUGA